GAAUAUGAGUCAUCUUUGCGUUUUAUUUGCAUACAGGAUACUCGUGAAAAAUGGUUGAUGCAUGGGCAGUGAAUGAUAGAGAGAAAAAGGAAUUGGAAGAAUGGAGCAGAGGUGUAGACGAGAAGGUGCAUGGCAUAUUCAUAGCUUGUAAAACGUGUCGGAUGCGAAUAUUCGACGUUGCACGCCAUCUAGAACAGGGAAGUAUCGUGUGACCGAGUGCGGUUAUAAAAAAUCGAUCGGAUGUUGCGGCUUAAUCUUCCUUAAGGUCAUUACGAGUGUUCCCGGUCAGAAGUAACAGAUAGAAUUAUGCUCCAGCACCUUCCAGCAGGGUUGCAAAAUCUGCGUCGAGUCGCGAAGAGAGAAAAACGAGAAAGAAGAAGGGCAAAGGCAAAUUUUUCUCAGCGAAGAAAAGACGAAUUUUUCUUCACUCCAAUUCGAAAACACGCGGUAUAUCAGCGAUGUGCUAAAAAGGAAAAAAGAGGCGAUACGAUAUCCUCGACACACACGGAGAAUUUACGACACACGUACAUACCGCCUGAAACAGUAUUCGUUGAUGUAUGUGUGCCGCUGAUAGCCAUUGGCUUGUGCGAGCGCAUAUUCGCCUAUUUACCGUAUGCUGUGCAUUAUACGGCAACUUGCCCGAUGACGUGUUGUAUCCGUAAAAGCUGGGAGAACUUCGAAAACCGCUCGAUGCGUUCUGUAAGUCUGUUCAUCGGUCAAGUUGAAACGGGAAUACCGUGUAGGUGCACCGGUGCGCGGAGAAACGCGCUUAUUUCAGAAGAAAUCAGGAAUUUGCUUCGUUCAACUUCCAACCAUGCGUCUCACAUUCGGCCCAUCUACAUUUCGGAUAGCUUGCUAGGCAAAAAUUGUCGAUUCGAGAAUCGUAUUACCCACGACUUUGUCGCCGCAGAAAGAUAUAAAUGGAGGUCGAUUACAAUUGAAUUUUUGAGCGUUCGGGAGAGAAAGGAAGCAACAGGCAUGCGCUCGAGCGAGAGAUUAUUUUUGCGUUCGAAGAUGAAAGACGUUCGAUGCUUCGUGACAUUUGAUCCAGCGUCAACGCUUUCCACGCCACUGAUAUUUGAUGACACGGAUACCUUCGACAAUUUCCAAAGUUGAUUGAACUUGCCUUGUUAAUCGUUUCUUCUUACCGUUUCUAUCGAAACUCGUUUCCAUUAUUUCUGAGUACGAUUCCUUCGUUAAUGCGAUUGACAUGUCUAUCGUGUAAUCCGUAAUUAGUAAUAAGUAGUUCGCCGAUUCGCUACUCAUUGUAUCUUCAAAAACACGGAACUGACCAGUCGCAAAAUUGCCGCGUUUUGGCCUUGGCCAAAAAGUUACCGAGCUUGGCACACAAGAGGCCACGCUCGUUUCUCGAGGAUGUGGGCAUGACUUGCUCGCAUCAUUCGCUCUUAAAACUUGGAGGUCGUACUUACGUCAUCGUGAAAAAAAAAUAAUCAGCCACGGGAAAUAUUAUGCUGCUCGAAUGGAUUUUUUCUCCUCACUGGAAAUUGUACUACAAUGGUUGCCGAAUAAUCUGGUUUUGGACAGCCAAAAUGCACGGUCAGGAUGGAAUAAAAUGAUCGUUGAAACGGAGUGAAAAUAGAAAUGAUGUUCUUGGUAAAAGUUGGCACGUUGACAACGUUCAAUUUACUCGAAUUGCACGGAUACCGGAUCAUCUCUGUUGCUCUUUUUUAACAAUUAAGCUAGGUAUAACAGUAAAGAAACAAGCUGCGUGGUAGUUACGUGUGUUGCUAUAUUCGUGAUUCAGCG